AUGGGGGACACGUCGACAGGGAAUGGAGUACCAAAUUUAUUCUACGUGCAGAAGAUGUAUUGGGCAGUGCUCGGAGCUGCGAUUGCCUGUGCAACGCUGAUCAACGUUCUGAACAAAGUUCUGGCUCUUCAAAGAUACCAGUCGCAACAGUCCAAGCCAAAGUCCAUGUUCUGGGUGUCCUUCGCCACAGCAACAGCUGUAGCGCGCGAGCUCAGCUAUGCUCCUUUAGGCACACUUCGCUGGAGAAGGUGGUCAUUUCGCUUUCCAAACCUGGGCCGGACAACUCUCGUCUUCUCUAACGUGAUCGUUGUUCUUGUUCUGUGCUUCUACAAGUUAGAUACGCAAGACAAAUGGAGCUGGGAAGAUAUUGGCUAUCGAACAGGCUUCGUCUCCAUUGCACAACUUCCACUGAUAGUCUUGCUAUCAGCAAAAGAGAACAUCAUAGGUAUGCUUACUGGUUUUGGCUACGAACGCUUGAAUUGGCUUCACAGAUGGACUGCUAGGACACUUUGGCUCUCGGCGACGUUGCAUAUGGGGUUUUGGUUCAGGAAUUGGGCUCGGUAUGAUUAUGUCAAGGUUAAAUUGACCACAGACCCAAUUACCCAACGAGGCUUUGCUGCAUGGUGCAUUUUGACCUUUAUAGUUAUAACCUCUGCCACCCCUAUGCGCAAACUCAGCUAUGAGAUGUUUGUCAUCUCUCAUCUCCUCACCUUUGCCGGAUUCAUUGCGGCUAUCUGGCUUCAUGUACCGGAUGAGGUCAAGGUGUGGGUUUGGCUGCCAAUUGCCCUUUUUGCUCUCGAUCGUCUUCUCAGGAUGAGACGGAUGUUGUACCUCAAUCUCACUCCUUUCCAUUUUUGGAAGAUGAAGGUCAAUGGGUUGUGGGCAAACUCUGCAUCCUUUACUGCUUUGCCGGACGGCGUGACCCGAGUCUCGAUUGAUAAGCCAGUCUUUAUGUGGAAGCCUGGCCAGCACGUCUUUCUGUCAUGUCAUUCUGUGCUACCACUACAGAGUCACCCCUUCACCAUUGCCUCUCUGCCUUCAGAUGGCAAGCUGGAAUUCUUCGUCAAGGCCCACCAGGGUGGUACAAAGGAGUUCCUCCAUCAUGCAACCAAAAGUGAUGCUCUACCUUUGGCAAACCAGAACUCGGGGUCAACGAUGAGGAAAGUCGGCAUUGAAGGCCCAUACGGACGCAUGAGGAAUCUACGUCAGUUCGAUAGCGUUGUCUUCUUCGCCGGCAGCACAGGUGCCACCUUUACAGUUCCACAUCUGCGAUACAUCGUUCAGUCGUGGCUUCUCGAUAAGGACGUGAUUCCUCGCCAUUCACUUACCGAUGAAAUCGCUUUGACGCGCAGGAUUCGCUUUGUAUGGGUAGUGAAAUCACGCAACCAGCUUGAUUGGUUCAUUACGCAGCUACAUCAGGUCAUUGAUAACACAGCUAUGGGGCGUACAAAGCAUCCUAAAGAUGACAGACAGGUAGACAUCAGCGUUUAUAUCACAUGUGAUGAAGCAUUGUAUGCUGAGAAGAGUACCUCUACAAGAUCUUGCAAAUCAGGGGCGCAUGGAGAGCCAAAACAAGCUAAGUCUGGACUCGGUGAGAAAGGUACAAUGGAAAAGAGAGAUCCCGAGAAAGUUGUCGAAGUGAAUUGUCUACAGUCAAGUGAGCAUAAUCAUUCCGAAGGCGGUGGCUGCGGGCCUGACGGCUCGUGCUGCUGUAGAGCAACGAUUGAGGACGAGCCAAACCGUCCCGUCUGUACCUGCGCGCAUGGAUCGAAAGCCACAACGACGAGUUCCGCAACCCUCGCAUCUGAAGCGGAACCAAGCAACCGGCCGGCUGUUACGCCCAAUCCCGCCAUGAAGUUCUUAUUCGGUCGACCACAACCCCGAAGCAUCAUAAGGAAGGUUUUGGAAGAAGCGGAGGGCGAGAGUGCGGUCGUCGUGUGCGGACCCCAAGGACUGCAAGACGACGUCCGCGCAAGUGUGGUGGCACUUAGCGAUGAACGAGCUGUGCACAAGGGGACAGGAGCACAAGGUAUAUACUUACACGUCGAAGGUUUUGGAUAUUGA